CCACCCACCCACCCACCCAACGCCCCCACAAAACCUCACUCUCUCUCCUCUCUUCUUAAGACCCUUUCAAUCCCACGACCCAUCUAUAAUUUUUCAACCCAAGAAGCAGAUACGUACCCACCCCCUUACUCUCUCAAAUGGGUUUUGAUCACGACGCCACUACCUCUGGCCUUCACCUCGUUCUAGGGUUAUCUUUGACGGCUACCACCACUCCAUCCACCAAGCCUCAAGAUCAUCAUCAUCAUCAUCAUCAUCAUUUUUGUGUUGUUAAGCCUACGCCAACCAAGCCUAAUUCCCCCAAUGAACCGUCUUUGACGUUGGGUUUGUCUGGCGAGAGCUGCCACCUAGCCAAGCAAGUGCCCACCAACAGUAAGGUUUAUUGUGAGGAUCCUCUCGACAUGUCUCGACAGACGUCACCUCACAGCGUGGUCUCGUCUUUCUCGACCGGGAGGGUUGUGAAGAGGGAGAGAGAUCUUAGCUUUGAAGAGGUAGAGGCAGAGGCAGAGGCAGAAGAGAGGGUUUCUUCAAGAGUCAGCGACGAAGAAGAAGACGGCACCAAUGCUAGGAAGAAACUCAGACUCAGUAAAGAACAAUCUGCACUACUAGAGGAGAGCUUCAAACAACACAGCACUCUCAAUCCUAAACAGAAGCAAGCUUUAGCCAGAGAGCUAAAUCUACGGCCUCGACAAGUUGAAGUGUGGUUUCAGAAUCGGAGAGCCAGAACAAAGCUGAAGCAGACAGAGGUGGACUGUGAGUUCUUAAAGAAAUGCUGCGAAACGUUGACGGACGAAAACAGAAGGUUAAAGAAGGAGCUGCAGGAGCUGAAGGCACUGAAACUGGCUCAACCCUUGUACAUGCCUAUGCCUGCGGCAACACUCACCAUGUGCCCUUCUUGCGAGAGGCUCGGUGGCGUUAGCGAUAACGCUUCCAAUAAAAGCCCUUUCUCCAUGGCUCCCAAGACCCACUUCUACAACCCCUUUGCCAAUCCUUCUGCAGCAUGUUGAUUGUGGUUAGGUUUUCACGCUUUCGGGCCAAGAGGUAAACCAGAAGAGUUAUUUCCCACGACCAUUGUAUUUUUUUGGUUGAGGGCGAUGCGUCUAGCUAGGGAAAAGUUGUAAUUAGCUAAUACUGUUAAGAAUAGUAACUUCUGAUUGAAAUUACCUUUUGCUUUUUCUUCCUCUAUUAUUGUAUGUUUAUAUAUAAACCAUUAUAGAAGUUGUCCUUCUAUAUACGAAGGUGUUAGAAUUUUUUUA